CAACAACAUCGAAUAAGAAUCCAAAUCCAAUGGAAUCUGCGCGUACAGCACCCUUGCUGCGCCGCCCACCGUGCUUAUUCCCGAGCGGGCGAGGCUUGAGAUGUGCUGAAACGAUUCGUCGUGAUAUUGGCAACCGUCCCACAAGACAUCUCUGUGCCUGACUAGAUCAAAAAACCUAAUCUUCCAUUCUUCAAGCUUCAAGGCAGAUGAAGAAAUACGACCACGUUCGUGCAGCGAUGAGAUAGUUCGUUAAUAUGCUGCCUUUUGGCUUUGCACGAUUUGGCUCUCUUCUGCUGUUGACACUGCUCGGCUCCAUCAGGGAGGGCCGCGCGUCCCCUGAUGCUGGAUCGGAUCCGACAGCCAUUGGCUCUGCUUGUUGUCGAAGUCUUUCAGGCAAAUUCCCAUCUCAGGUCCUAUUUCCUAAUAGCCCCCCUUAUAACGAUUCAGUGUCUUCAUAUUGGGCUCAACAGGAGCAGUUAAUAUCUCCAUUAUGCAUCGUCUUGCCAACUUCAGCUGAUGACGUCGCCGCGACACUUCAAGUACUUUAUCAUGGUUCUUGUAAAUUCGCGGUGCGAAGUGGUGGACAUGGGACUUCGGCCAACGCAUCGAAUAUCGACAAUGGAGUUACAAUAGACUUAAGCGCCUUGGAUUUCAUCCUUCUCAGUGGCGACAGGUCCGCGGUGGCUGUUGGACCGGGGCAGACAGUGGGCGAUGUCUAUGCGCUCCUCUAUAAAGCCGGGCUCUCCUUCGCAGGCGCACGAGAUAGCGGGAUCGGUAUAGGAGGUUCAACUCUAGGUGGUGGACUCGGAUACUUCAGUCCUUUUUCAGGUUUCGCAUGCGACUCGGUGGUUGAAUAUGAAGUCGUCCUCGGCAAUGGAACCAUUAUUAGCGCGACGCAAGACAAUAACAGCGAUUUAUGGCACGCGCUUAAGGGGGGCGGUAACAACUUCGGCAUUGUCACCAAAUUCGUAUUUAAGGUGUUCCCGCUUGGAAGUAUAUGGACGGGCCAGGCGGCAUACGCACCCUCUGCAGUCAACAACGCGGCACAGGCUUUUUACGACUUCGUUUCCGACCCCAAUUACGACAACAGCGCUAGCCUACUAAUGAGCUACGGCUAUAAUGGCGGAAGCACUCCGUUAAUCGAGUUAGAAUACGUAUACGCUGCCCCUGUCGUCGAUCCGCCGUCCGCAUUUGCGAAGUUUUACGCUUUGGAGGGUCAAGUCGCGAAUGAGACAGGUAUAACAAGUGCCCCGGCCCUUUCAAUCAAAUCAGGGGUGAUGGCGCCGGGUGGACAACAACAAGUCACAUUUGCCAUGAGCUUCCAGAACAAUGCUCAGAUGCUCCCGAUUAUAUGGACGAUGUACAACUCAAGUAUCGACAGUAUCUCUUCCAUCGACGGAAUCGCAUGGAUCCUUACCUUCGAGCCAGUUGUCCAAUCACUAGUAAACCAUUCGAAAGCGAACGGAGGUAACAUUCUAGGGCUCGAUAUAUCGUCGCAGGGACUCGUACUUGCACACUUUUCUGCCAGUUUUGAUAACGCCGCAGAUUAUUCGACUGUGAGCAUCGCGGCCGAGAAGCUCUUACAAAAUAUCAACGGCGUAGCGAAGAAAAUCGGAACUUUCAAUCCAUAUGUCGACCUUAAUUAUGCGAAAACUACCCAGGAGCCGUUCCUUAGUUAUGGAUCAGAUAAUUAUAGCUUCCUGAAGGCGGCGGCAAAGAGAUACGAUCCGGCUCUGAUGUUUCAGAAUCUAAUGCCGGGAGGUUUUAAGUUAAGCUGAGCUUGAAAUACGUCAGAGAUUGAGGAUUAAAAUAAAUUGUCUUGGGGAGGCAACUCCGCGAGGAUCUCGACUGCUUCGGAGGAACGAAUACCAGAGGUUGAUAUGCAGGAGGCACAAAUUGUUUCGGUGUUCAUUCAAUUCAGCAUACCUUGAAUUCAUUUUCGGCAAACUGCGUCAUCAGAAGAAUGAAAG